AUGUGGGUUCUUGAGAAGAUCAGGGAGAGCAUGGAGAGCCUUCCUCUGGAGUUGAGUCGUUACAUGGGGAAGAGCGAGGAGGAUACUGCAUUCCCUUCAAAAGCCAGCCUCUCACAGAGUCUGCACAACAAUGUCCUAACCCCAGACAAGAUCCCAGAGUUCUGCCUGCCUCCACGGCUCUGCAAGAGAAGCCCACUGGUGGAAGCUGAGAAAAAUCCACCAUUUGUAUUUAAUCAAAAACAGAUUCCGAAGAGCAGCCACUUUUCAGCCACUACUCAUGUAAAAACAAAGGAUGUGAAGACAAAGAAUGGUGACACAUCACUGGUUUGGAAAGCUACAAAGAAACCAUUGCCAUUCUCUGCAGAGGGCUAUGGCCUGGCUGGAAUUUAUGAGAGCCCCAACACUCGGAGGAAGGAGUCUUUGUUCCAUUCAAAGCGCCCUGUUUACGUGCUUGAUAGAAAUAUGCCUACUGCAGCACCAAGGCUGACAAAAGAGGCACACCUGCCCAAGAAAUCUUUAUCUGGGUUUCUCCCAGUGUUUUUAUGCAAGAGCCUGUCAGAGACAUGGCGACCUUCUUCCAGUGAUUCCUCUCCCCUAAGUUCCCCUUAUUGUGUCAAAUCCUCCCUCUAUGGCCCACCAAACAGUGGCCGUCUUAAGGGUACAGUAUCUUGCCCUUCAUUAAUUGACAAUAAGGAGGACAGAGGGAAGUGGAAGAGGGGGGGUUUAACAGCCUCACCCAGCAGCCCAUCAAGCUUGAAGAAAAACUCAGCCAACCUAACUCCACCAGUCCUCUUCCCGCUGGAUGUUCUGCAGUGCCAGGAGAGACUUGAGCGAGAGCAUGUCCUUCCGUUGCAGGGCCGUGGUAGAGUGCGACUUUCUGCUGAGCACGCGACAUUCUCCAGCAGCAUGUCGUCACUCUUUUCCACAGUAAGAGUACGUGUGGUGUCUGUGGAAGGCCUGUGGAAUGAUACUGACAGACAGACCCUGAACUGUGCAGUGAGUCUGUGCCUGACACCAGGGAAGUUGCAGCAGCAGGAAAGCGCCAUUAUCAGGAACUGCCGGAGCCCAGUUUUCAAUGAAGAUUUCUACUUCACAGAGCUGAGUCAGAAAGAUCUACUGGAAAUGCAGCUUAGGUUAAAAGUAGUGGAUAAAGCUGCAGCUGGAACUCUGAGACGAGGAACAGUGAUCGGAGUGAUCACUAAACCUCUGUCUCAGUUGCUUAUUUUAAAUGAACAGUACAAUGUGUAA